AUGGAUUUCCCAACUAAAGAAAAAUUAACCUCUUCUUCUUCUUCCACUCGCCAUUGGAGCUAUGAUAUCUUCUUAAGUUUUAGAGGUGAAGACACUGAUUAUGGUUUUACAGGCCAUUUAUACACAGCUUUGUGUGACAAUGGCUUAAUCACCUUCAUUGAUAAUAAUCUUCAAAGGGGAGAAGAAAUUUCAAUAGAACUUCUUAAAACCAUUGAAAUGUCAAUGAUUUCAAUUGUUGUAUUCUCUGAAAAUUAUGCAUCUUCUAUUUGGUGUUUGGACGAACUUGUCAAGAUUCUUGAGUGUAGAAAUACUGGACGGAUUCGGAAGGUUUAUCCAAUUUUUUACAAAGUGAAUCCAUCCGAAAUUAGAAAACACGAGGGAAAGUUUGGGAUGGCACUAGAUAACCAUGAUAAAAAAUUCGAAGAUGACAUGGAGAAGGUUACAAGGUGGAGGGAAACUUUAACUCAAGUAGCAAACUUGUCUGGACAUGAAUACAAGAAUGGGUAUGUAUUUAAUUAA